AAGGCGUUGCUACCGGAGCGGAGAGUAGAGGCGGCCCGAGUCCGCAGGCAUGAACCUCGAGUUGCUGGAGUCCUUUGGGCAGAACUAUCCAGAGGAAGCAGAUGGGACUUUGGACUGUAUCAGCAUGGCCCUUACUUGCACCUUCAACAGGUGGGGCACACUACUUGCAGUUGGCUGUAAUGAUGGCCGAAUUGUCAUCUGGGACUUCUUGACAAGAGGCAUUGCUAAAAUAAUUAGUGCACAUAUCCAUCCAGUCUGUUCUUUAUGCUGGAGUAGAGAUGGUCAUAAGCUUGUGAGCGCUUCCACUGAUAACAUAGUGUCACAAUGGGAUGUUCUCUCAGGAGACUGCGACCAAAGGUUCCGGUUCCCUUCGCCUAUCUUAAAAGUCCAGUAUCAUCCACGAGAUCAGAACAAGGUACUCGUGUGCCCCAUGAAAUCUGCUCCUGUCAUGUUGACCCUUUCAGAUUCCAAACAUGUUGUUCUGCCAGUAGAUGAUGACUCCGAUUUGAAUGUGGUCGCAUCUUUUGACAGGCGAGGAGAAUAUAUCUACACAGGAAAUGCAAAGGGCAAGAUUUUGGUCUUAAAAACAGACUCACAGGAUCUUGUCGCUUCCUUCAGAGUAACAACUGGAACCAGCAAUACCACGGCUAUUAAGUCAAUAGAGUUUGCCCGGAAGGGAAGUUGUUUUUUAAUUAACACGGCAGAUCGAAUAAUCAGAGUUUAUGAUGGCAGAGAAAUUUUAACCUGUGGACGAGAUGGAGAACCUGAGCCUAUGCAGAAAUUGCAGGACUUGGUGAAUAGAACCCCGUGGAAGAAAUGUUGUUUCUCUGGGGAUGGAGAGUACAUUGUGGCGGGUUCGGCCCGGCAGCAUGCCCUAUACAUCUGGGAAAAAAGUAUUGGCAACCUGGUGAAGAUUCUCCAUGGGACUAGAGGAGAACUCCUCUUGGAUGUAGCUUGGCAUCCUGUUCGACCCAUCAUUGCAUCCAUUUCUAGUGGAGUGGUAUCUAUCUGGGCACAAAAUCAAGUAGAAAAUUGGAGUGCAUUCGCACCAGAUUUCAAAGAAUUGGACGAAAAUGUGGAAUAUGAGGAAAGGGAAUCCGAGUUUGAUAUUGAAGAUGAAGAUAAGAGUGAGCCUGAACAGACAGGGGCUGAUGCUGCUGAGGAUGAGGAAGUGGAUGUCACCAGUGUAGACCCUAUUGCUGCUUUUUGUAGCAGUGAUGAAGAACUGGAAGAUUCAAAGGCUCUGUUAUAUUUACCCAUUGCCCCUGAGGUAGAAGACCCAGAAGAAAAUCCUUACGGCCCCCCACCAGAUGCAGUCCAAACCUCCUUGAUGGACGAAGGGGCCGGUUCAGAGAAGAAGAGGCAGUCUUCCGCAGAUGGAUCCCAGCCACCCAAGAAGAAACCCAAAACAACCAAUAUCGAACUUCAAGGAGUACCAAAUGAUGAGGUCCAUCCAUUACUGGGUGUGAAGGGGGAUGGCAAAUCCAAGAAGAAGCAAGCAGGCCGACCUAAAGGAUCAAAAGGUAAAGAGAAAGAUUCUCCAUUUAAACCGAAACUCUACAAAGGGGACAGAGGUUUACCUCUGGAAGGAUCAGCGAAGGGUAAAGUGCAGGCGGAACUCAGCCAGCCCUUGACAGCGGCAUAUAUUCUGAAUUUUAAGCUGCUGCUGUAA